CCCGUUGGCCAAAUAGGGAAGCGGAGCGGCCGGGAAUCGCCGCGCUUCGCUCCUCGGAGCGCCGAUUCGUAUCGUGCAGGGAGGAGGGCCCACCCCGGAUCUCAGCCAUCUUCCGAGGGGCGGCAGGGACGGGAGCCGGCGAUGGCAGAGGCAGGGCAGGGGGGCUUCUGAGUUCACCGAGCCGAUCCCCCCCCCUCGCCCAUGAUGAAUCCCAAGGAAGGCGCGGCGCCGCUGGAGAAAUACAAGCUGGUGGUGGUCGGCGGAGGCGGCGUGGGCAAGAGCGCGCUCACCAUCCAAUUCAUCCAGUCAUAUUUUGUCUCGGACUAUGACCCCACAAUUGAGGACUCGUACACAAAAAUCUGCAACAUCGAUGGCACCUCCACACGGCUGGAUAUUCUGGACACAGCUGGCCAGGAGGAGUUUGGGGCCAUGCGAGAGCAGUAUAUGCGUACUGGGGAAGGUUUCCUCCUCGUCUAUGCCAUCAAUGAUCGUGGCAGUUUCAAUGAGAUCCACAAGUUUCACACUCAGAUACUUCGAGUGAAAGACCGUGACGACUUUCCCAUGAUCCUUGUGGGGAAUAAGGCUGACCUAGACCUUUAUCGGCAGGUACCCAAGGAGGAGGCCCUCAGCUUUGCCCGGGAGAAUCGGAUCCCGUACAUGGAAGCCUCUGCCAAAAUCCGCCUCAACGUGGAUGAAUCUUUCUAUGAGCUGGUCAGGGCCAUCAGGAGGUUUCAUGAGCUGGAAUCCCCCCCUGCCCCGGCUGUCAGCCCUAAGAAGAAAGAAAGCAAAGGCUGUCCUUGUUCCCUGCUGUAAACUGCCUUCCCACACCAAGCUACAAAGCCCGGAAAGGGAAGAAGAACUGCUCAGGUUCCCUCCUAAGGAGUGGACGCGGCAGGAUUUCUCCCUUAUCUCCACCUCCCCACACCUCUCACCCCCCUCACCUAUGCAACAAGGGCUGGCAAUGUGUAUUCUGCAGUUGUGUCCAAAUACUACAAUACGUCUGGCGCAGAGAGUUCCUGCAAACUGGAACAGGUCAGGAAGCAGAUAAAUCAUGUACCCCCUCAACACCCACUAAAUAGGCAGGAAAUAGGUUAUAUACGUGAUGACUGGGAUGAGGUGCGGGAAGAGUACUCAGUGCCUUCCUAUCCUGUUCCCCCACCUUUCUCUGUUGUGUCUUCAGAGAAAACUGGCAAGAAGGGGAAUCUCCUACACCAGGGGGUAGGAGCAGAGGCGGAUUUGGGGCUUUCAGAGAUGCCAAAAUUUGGUGCUGUGCCCCCUGCCUCAAAUCCCAGUGCGGGUGAACCGGUCACGCUUCUCUAAAUCUGCCCGUGGUAGAAGGCAGAGCAAUUUGAGAAAUGUGGCUUCAUGGGUUUAAAUCCGGAAAGAAUAGGAUAGUCUGGUUUUAGGAUGGGUGAGAGAGUGGGCAGGAAAACGAGGGGCUCAGACUCUUCAAUGUAGCCAGAGCCAGCCAGCUUUUUGCACAUACACACUUUUAUGUACAUGUUCAAAGCCGUAUUGUACAAACGCAUCUAAAGGGGUGUUAUCUAUUUUUUAAAAAAUCACAGCCAUCAUUAUGCACAGCACAUGAUUAAUAGGAACAGUCAAUACAAAUUUAAGCAAGGAAUUUUUAAAAAAUUUUUUGCAACCCUCCAGCUGCUUUGGACUACAACUCCCAUGAGCCCCAGCCAGAACAUAUGCUAGCAGCGGCUGAUGGGAGUUGUAGUCCAAAACAAAAAUAGGUUAGCAGCAUCACAUUACAGUAGGGGACCCAAAGAAAAUCUUUUUUAAAAAAAUCAAGUUUUGUGGGGAGGGUGCCCCCCCCACAAAAGUCUGGGACAGGGGGUUGAAUGAACCCCAUGGGCUAACUACCCAUUUUAGAUCCUCUACCUGCCACCUAAAGAGCAAAUGGGCAUAAUGAAAUUAAAUCCUGCCCAAAUGCAAGGCACACCCCCCCCCCGCAAGCAGUUAAGGGAUGUGUGUGGUCACUUCUGCUGAUUCCCCUGCCAUCGUGCUGCAGAUCAUUCCAGCCUGUUAAACACCAAAGAGUUACCACCUAUUCAAGCACCAUCAUCUUGUGGCACUUUAAAUACGAACAGAUUUAUUAUGGCAUAAGCCAUCCUUGAAUAGAGUCCGCAUUGUCAGCUGUAGGAAGUCUUCUCUGUUGGCAAUUAUAUGUAAUCUACACACACACGGUACAGAGGGGUGGGUUUUUUUUGCAAACGGUGGGGCCAAAGGGCCAUGAAAUGUUAGGGUAGGAAGCUGUGAAAUUCUCACGUACCCAGAAGUGGUUUUGAAUAAAAGGGAGUCAUUCCCAAAUCAGUGUGUGUUGCUGUUUGUGGUGGCGGCACAAAAUUGGGCGGGUCAGGCAGCAGGCAGCACUGAGUAGGCUAUGGAGACAUUCAGGCUAUAAUCCGAUACACACUUACCUGAGAAACAAGUUCUCCUUGAACUCAGUGGAACUUUCUUCCAAGUAGACAUUCAUGGGACUGCAUUCAGUGUGGUCUCUUGGAUAUGGUCCAUCCACAUUUAAAGGGUGAGCAGGCUGCCUUGGGAGUCUCAGGAUGUAGCCAGUGGAGCAGGAAUGGGGAAUCGGUGGCCUGCCAAACACGUUGGAUCCAGCUCACACCAACCGUGGCAAAAAUGGCUAACGGUGAGGUGCGAUGGGCGCUCGGGUCAACAGGACUUUAGUGACCAGCAUAGGUGCUCAAGGUGAUCUAUCCAUGAUCAACCUACACCUGAGGGAUGGAGGACAGACAAAAGGAAGUCCUUCACAGGGCACACCACUGAACUAUGGCAUUUGGGUGGCUUUAAGAGAGGAUUGGACAAAUUCAUGGGUGGGCCCUAAAACACCUGUAACUUGAAACUUAAUGGAAAGACUGAUCCAUAUCCUCAGGCAACAGUGUUUUGAGUCUCAACUUCUUCUGUAUUCUAAUUCCUGAAGAAAAGAAAGGUAUUUGUACUGCAAAUAAAAUCAAACUCGGGGCAGGUACUGGUGA